AUGUCUGGUCGUGGUAAAGGUGGUAAAGGUAACUAUGCUGAACGUGUUGGUGCCGGCGCUCCUGUUUACCUGGCUGCUGUUAUGGAAUAUUUAGCCGCUGAAGUUCUGGAGUUGGCUGGCAAUGCAGCACGCGAUAAUAAAAAGACGCGCAUAAUUCCACGUCACCUGCAACUGGCUAUUCGUAAUGACGAGGAGUUAAACAAGCUCCUCUCGGGCGUAACCAUUGCUCAGGGUGGUGUUCUACCUAACAUCCAGGCGGUGCUUUUACCUAAAAAGACCGAAAAGAAGGCUUAA